AUGAAGACUCCCGUUCGAGCUGGCACCCUUGCGUCGACCGUCUUGGUCCUGCUGGCAAUCUUUACCAUACUGCACCACUCCCGAUAUCUGGAGGGGCGAUGGGCGUAUGUCGACGGCCUCAAAAACGGAAUCGCCGGAGGAAUGAAGGGCCACCUGGGGACCGGCGAAACCACGAGUGUUGACGCAAAGUUCAUCGGAUUCGGUACACCAACACCAUUGUCGACACCGCACCCUCCCAUCCCGGUCGUGGUUGCAGAAACGCCGACCUGGACCUCGGAAAGUACAGAAACGUCGGCCUUGACUACAGAAGCGACCCCGGAACCAGAAAGGGCCAAGAGUUCUGGGGAAGUCGUAUCGGGAGACGGUAGCAAACUAGUAGGAGAGACGAAUGAACCGCAGCCUUCACUUCCGCAGGACGGGAAUGAAGAUGUCGAGGAAGAGCCGUCGACUAGCGGAUUUUUUGAGGGGUUUCCGGAUAAAAUCGUGGUGAUGGGAAAGGUGGGGGAAGAAGAUACAACAUGGGUGACAGAGUAUCUGCCCGACUGGCAAAAUGCAGUGUAUACUGUGGAUGAUUUGAACGCGACACUCCAUACACCGAUGAACAAGGGCAAAGAGGCAAUGGUGUAUCUUACAUACAUUAUUGAGAACUACGGCAACUAUCCGUCGACGGUUGCGUUUAUCCACAGCCACAAGGAUCGAUUCUGGCAUUCUGCGGGUAUGCCGGCGAGAAGUAACAUGGUGGCGCUCAGAGCACUCAACAUCGACUAUGUCCAACAAACAGGCUUCGCCAAUCUGCGGUGUACACUGGGCCCUGGAUGCCCGGCAGAGGUCCAACCGUACCGGCAAGACACACCGGCCAAUCGGCUGUAUGAGAAGAACAUGACGACGGUGUGGGAGCUCUUUUUCGGGACACCAUGCCCGGAAGUCAUCGCAGCGCCUUGCUGUGCGCAGUUUGCAGUGUCGCGCAGCCAGAUCAUGGCCAGGCCGUUGGAAGACUAUGUGUUGUACAGGCAAUGGCUGAUGGAAACGGAGCUCGACGACGACAACAGCGGGAGGGUGUUUGAGUACCUGUGGCACAUUCUGUUCGGGCAGGAGCCAGUGCACUGCCCGGAGUAUGGGGUCUGCUGGGCGAAUGUGUAUGGCGGGCUGAGCAUGGCGGACCUGCACCACCUGGUAUACGCGGGAGACUAA